CCGCAGUGUUUCACAGCACAGCAUUUCACUGCCAGGUUGAGGACGACGCACAAUGACGGAAACUGACGAUGUCCAGUUGCAAAAAGUAACCCACGAUAAAGGAAAUGGCGUGGACAACCCGGCUUUCGAGCAUUGCAUUACUGAUACUAACGGCUCCAAUAGCCAGACUAAAGAGACUAAAAAGGGAUUGGGAUCAUACUUAAGCCAAGUUUCCAAGCCGUUAAAUGCCACAGAGGAUUACAUCAAGGCACAUUCCCAAACCUUCAAAUAUGUCGUGCUGGGCAUACUUGGAGCAGGUUAUGUGGCGUACUUCAUCGCAGCCUGCCUAUUGGAUUUCCAGAGGGCCAUCGCUCUUGUAGUCCUCACCAGUUUAGCUAUUGUCGUUCAAUCAUAUGAACUUCUGAAGCAGUACAAAGGAGAAAGCAUCGUUAAGUGUUUCAGCCCUGCUGUAAAAUACUUCAAAUCUAACUUGAAAUGGAUAAAAUGGGUCUUCAUCUUAGCAGUUGUGGCCCUGCUUGUUCUGUGGCUCGCCUUUGACAAGUGGGGGUGCCCUGAGGAGCUAAUCCUGUUAGGAGUUGUGGCCCUGUUUGUUCUGUUUCUCGCCUUUGACAAGUGGGGGUGCCCUGAGGAGCUAAUCCCGUUAGGAGGUGUGUGUCUGCUCGUCGUGCUUCUGUAUCUCUUGUCAGCACACAGGACAGCGGUGUCAUGGAGGCCUGUGUUUUGGGGUCUAGGGUUGCAGUUCUGCAUUGGCCUUUUUGUAAUAAGAACAACGCCUGGGAACAUAGCAUUCCAAUGGCUUGGACAUCAAGUGCAGAUAUUCCUUGACUAUACCAAAGAAGGUUCACGUUUUGUCUUUGGGGAUCUGAUCGAUAACAUCUUUGCCUUUCAAGCUUUGCCCAUUGUUGUGUUCUUCAGCAGCGUGAUGUCAAUCCUUUACUAUUUGGGAAUAAUGCAGUGGCUCAUUUUGAAGAUCUCAUGGGUUAUGCAGAUAACGAUGGGAACCUCUCCCACAGAGACCUUGAGUGUGGCGGGCAAUAUAUUUGUUGGGCAGACUGAAGCUCCUCUGCUGAUCCGCCCUUAUUUGAUCGACAUGACCAAAUCUGAGAUCCAUGCUGUUAUGACUGGUGGAUUUGCCACCAUUGCAGGCAGUGAUGGGGCAUUCAUCUCAUUUGGGAUUGAUCCGUCUUCCUUGCUUUCAGCCUCUGUAAUGGCUGCUCCUUGUGCUUUGGCCAUCUCCAAACUUUCUUACCCAGAGACAGAGGAGAGUGCCUUAAAGUCAGAGAAGAGUAUUAAAGUGUCUUCUGGUGAUGAACAGAACAUCUUGGAGGCUGCUAGCAGUGGAGCGUCUGCUUCAAUAGGUCUUGUUGCAAACAUUGCUGCAAAUUUGAUAGCCUUCCUGGCCAUACUCGGGUUCAUAAAUAAAGCAUUGAGUUGGUUUGGCGGUAUGCUGGGACGUCCUGAUAUCACAUUUGAGAUGAUUUGCUCCUAUGUAUUCAUGCCGGUGGCUUUUAUGAUAGGAAUACCGUAUAAGGAGAGUUUCACUGUGGCUAAACUCAUUGGGACAAAGCUCUUCCUCAAUGAGUUUGUGGCUUAUCAGACACUAUCUGCACUGAAGACCAACAGACUCAAUGGACUUGAACAAUUUGUGGGAGGAGAAUUACAAUGGUUAUCUGUCCGGUCAGAAAUAAUCAGCACUUAUUCUCUUUGUGGUUUUGCCAACUUCAGCUCGCUGGGUAUUAUGAUUGGAGGCCUGUCCUCAAUAUGCCCUUCCAGAAGAGGUGACAUCUCCUCAAUGGUGUUGAGAGCUAUGCUCACUGCAACUUGUGUAUCUCUCAUCAAUGCCUGUGUUGCAGGGUUCCUCGUUGUUAUCCCAGUGGACUGCGUGACGCUGUUCAAAGCUUUCAAUGCCACCGAUGUAAAUAUACAAAGUUGCUGCCAAGACCUUUUUCAAAACACUGUUAACAACGGGACCAUCUCAUUUGAAGAACCGUGGAACACAGUAGCAAACACCACUGUGUUUUUCUCUAAAUGCUGUCAGUACUUUGGCCUCUCUGUGCCAGUUUGUUACUAGAAGAGGAAAGACACAUCAGUGUUGUUAAUUUACGGGUCUUCUCUACCUGUGUUGUAUAUUUGUAUCACACAAAUCUGACACAAGAUGAAUGUAUCUUUCAUGUAUAGUUUUGUAAUUGUAUGCCAUUUGUAUUUAAAGGAUUUAAAGGACACACCUUAAGAAAUAUACCUCUUAUAUAUUCAGGCAUCAACAGUUUGAUAAGUGUGAAUAUUUAAAAUUAAAUGAAGUGAUUAAAUAAUGUCACAAGGUU